AUGGCAGACAGCGAAGACACCUUUCGGCUCCAAAACUCUCCCAGUGACACCGAUUCAAAAGAUUUACAAAACGAUGGUAAAUCAGACAAGCAGAAUGGAGCCGUUAGCAAAUCCCCGUCUUCACAGACAACCUACAUUCAACAGGGAAUGGAAGGGAUAAAGGUUUACUUGCACGAGCGAGAGUUGUGGACGAAGUUUCAUGAAGUGGGAACUGAAAUGAUCAUCACCAAAGCCGGGAGGCGGAUGUUCCCAAGCUUCAAAGUGAAGGUCACCGGGUUGAACCCAAAAACCAAAUACAUUCUGCUGAUGGAUGUCGUGCCAGCGGACGAUCACCGCUAUAAAUUCGCCGAUAACAAAUGGUCUAUGACGGGGAAAGCAGAGCCUGCGAUGCCGGGAAGGCUGUACGUCCAUCCGGAUUCUCCAGCCACUGGCGCGCAUUGGAUGCGGCAACUGGUGUCUUUCCAGAAGCUGAAAUUAACCAACAACCACCUUGAUCCGUUCGGACAUAUUAUCCUGAAUUCCAUGCAUAAAUAUCAGCCCAGGAUUCACAUCGUAAAAGCAGAUGAAAAUAACGGAUUUGGAUCCAAAAACACGGCUUUCUGCACUCACGUGUUCCCGGAAACGGCGUUCAUUGGAGUCACGUCUUACCAAAACCAUAAGAUCACCCAACUGAAGAUCGAGAACAAUCCCUUCGCAAAGGGCUUUCGUGGAAGUGACGAUAUGGAGCUGCAUCGCAUGUCAAGAAUGCAGAGCACCAAGGAGUAUCCAGUGGUCCCUCGCAGUACCGUACGUCAGCGGGUCGGCACCAGCCAGAGUCCGUUCUCCGGUGACGUCCAAGGUCUGUCUACUCCCAGCGGCAUGAGCUCUCAGUACUCCUGUGAGAACGGGGUCACGAGCACGUCGCAGGAUCUGCUGCCUCAGUCGAGCUCUUAUCCUCUGCCCCACGAACACAGCCAAGACUAUCACUGCAUCAAGAGGAAAGUUGAUGACGACCGUCACGCGGGAGAGCACUCGUACAAGAAGCCCUACGUGGAAACCUCAUCCAGCGAGGACGAUCACUACUAUCGGCCCGUGAGCUACUCUCAGUCUCUGGGUCUCAGCGGCGCCCCCUACAGGGCCGAGUCUGGUCAGCGGCAGGCGUGCAUGUACGCCAGUGCGUCGCAGUCCACCGAGCCUGUGCCCAGCCUGGAAGACAUCAGCUGCAACACCUGGACGGGCGUCUCACCUUACGCCGGCUGCUCGGUGACCACCAUGCAGCAGAUGGAGCGACUGCCCUACCAGCACUUCUCAGCUCACUUCACCUCAGGACCCCUCAUGUCCAGAUUAAGCGGCGUCGCGGGCCACGCCUCACCGCAGCUGGGAGACACUCAUGCCAUGUACCAGGGUUCCAUGUCCCAUCAGUCACUGGGCCGCCAAUGUAGUCCAAGUGCGGGAAUCCAGUCUCCGACUGCCGGCCUGCAGGGCAACGAGUACUUGUACACUCACAGUAUACCUCGCACCCUGUCUCCGCACCAAUACCACGCCGUGCACAGCGUAAGCAUCAUGCCCGACUGGAAUGAGGGCAGCUAACUGGAUUCUCUUGAGCAGCGUAUGAGGCCCCAACAUGGAGGAGAGGCGCUUUCCUGCGUAUUUAUAACUUGUGAGAGUUUGCUGCGUAGGCGACUUAACAGCAAACAGUUCAGUUCAGAUGGCUGACGCAGCAAUGAAUGUCUCAGUGUUUGAGCAGGACAGUAACACGAGACAUAUAUUUGCAUGACGCUGACUGUAUAUCAGGGACAAAGAACUUUUCCCCUUUCAUGCAAGGACAAAU